GGCUAUGCACUCUCCGGGUGACCCGACUGCGCGUGUGCGGCGCGCUCGGCGAGGCGGGCGGCGGCGCGGCAGGUGGCGCAGGCGGUGGCGCCGUGAUCCUAGCUGCGCGCAUGCACAGCAGCAAGCGCACGCUGCGCUCCAACGACAUCGCCGUGCCGCCGCUCGAUGUGGAGUUGGAUCUGUGCUUCUCGCUCCAGUACCCGCACUUCGUCAAGCGGGAUGGGAAUAGAUUGCAGAUCAUGUUGCAGCGCCGCAAGAAGUACAAGAACCGCACCAUACUCGGCUACAAGACUCUCGCCGAGGGUGUCAUAAGGAUGGAUCAGGUGCUCCAGCGUUCUAUGGACAUGGAGUUGGAGCUGACCGGGGUGGGCGCCAAGGGAGGUGCGGCUGCAGGCCAGCCUGUUGCCAAGCUCUCCAUCACCGGGCUUGCUUCCACGCCGGUAGACCACGACACCAAGAACAACAACACUUUACUCAUUACUGAACGAGGCUACUCUGACGAGGAGGAGGAAGGCGAGUUCAGCUCGGUGGAGGAGGCGGACGACAUGACGUACGGCGCGCCCGCACGCCGCCGCGCGCACCGACAACUUGCAUUCAACAAGACCGACCUCUCGUACACUAAGUUGUCGCGUUCGCGCGACUUGAGUUUCAUGGAGCGCGAGCGAAAGAGACAAAGCUAUAUGCACUCGAAGGCGCACGACAGAGACAGCGACAGCGAGCUGGAGCACUCGUCGAAGCGCAAGGGCAGCCGCGGCAAGCUCGCGCAACGCAACCUGAAGGAGAAGUUCGCGGCACUGUUGCGGCGGUUCCGCGUGCCCGAAGAGCUAUCGGAGCGCGGCGCGACCCGCGACACGCACAACGCGCAACGCGACAUAGACGAACUGUUCCAGGUAUACACACAUGAGUUGGAGUCGCUAUCAUGCGGCGAAGGCGAGGACUCGGGCCCCGAUCAAAUGGACACCAUAAGCAUCGGCUCCACUCCCAAACCUUCGCUGAGACCUUUCUUCAGCAGCUCCAGGAGUCUCGCCAAUCAGGAGCACCACAGGCAUUCCAAUGUAACGAACGCAUGCGCAGUGACGCGGCACGCGAGCCUCGCGUCCGCCGGCGAGUUGAGUGCUGUGAGGGAGCGCCACUUGGCAGCACUGCCGCUCGCAGAAUCCGAAGCGGUACGUAGUUCUGCAGGCGACGAGCGUGGCAGCGACGGCAAUAGCGACGGAGACGUAACUGCUGAGGCGCCCGUGUCUGGGGCUUCGGUGUCCAGCUCGCCACCUAACGAGACCAAGGAGGACAAGCGGUCUCGCCUGUUCCGCAGCGCGACGAGUGGCGGCAACCUGACCCCAGCCGCGGGGGCGAGUCGGAAGAAGAAUUCGCUGGUAUGCGGCAUCGAGCGGCCGCUGUCUGCGCACGAGCUACCGAUGCAGAGUCCUACAACCUUGGAGCCGCGGCGUACGCUGACGGAGCAGGUGGGGCGGCUGCUGGGCGAGGAGGGCCCGCUGCCGGAGUGCGUGGCGCUGGCGACGGGCGCGGGCGCGGCGGCGCUGCACGCGCUGGCCGUGCCCACGCUCGCGGCGCACGACGCGCGCCCGCUGCUGCACGCGCUCUACACGCGCGCCACCAAGCAGGGCUCGCGGCGCGGCGUGCUGCGCGUGGCGGUGGCGGGGGGCGACGCGGCGGUGGCGAGCGCGCUGCGUGCGCACGCGGAGCUGGGCGCGCGCCGCCCGCACGACGCGCCGCCCGCGCGCUUCUACAUCAUACCCAUCGGUCCCAACACUGUGUCGCGGUACCUGGCGGCGAGUGACGGCGGGUACGCGGCUCUGUUCUCGGGCGAGUCGUGGUGCUCGCUCGCGGAUCGCGUCGCGGACGGCGCAGGCGCAGACAUCGGCGAAAUGUCUAACAGGAUCGCCAGGUAUUUGAACAGCAUCGGGCCAGUGGUGAACAUACCGAUAGGAGAAGCGAUGGUCGCCUACAGAGAGAAAUCGGGUGAUGAGGACGCAAGUCAGACGUUCGUUCCAUUUAUUGCGGAGGUGCGCGUGGGGUGCAGCGAGGGCGGCGUGUCGUCGCUGGAGCUGGAGGAGGGCGGCUCGCCCCCCGCGCGCCCCUCGCCGCCCGGCACGCCGGCGCCGCCGCACCACGCGCACGCGCCGCCCGACCUGGCGCCGCUGCCGCCGCUGCUGCAGCGCACCGAGCCGCUCGAGCUGCAGCUCGACUACUGGCUGGUCCCAGGUCGUCAAACAGAGGGUACUGAUACCAAGGUGACGGUGAAAGCGUCGUUCCGCGCUCUCCACGUAACGCGACAGAACACACAUCUCUGCAUAACCUAUCUCACCAAGGAAAAGAAGCAGAAAAUAAUGCGACUGGGUAAGAAAAAGGAGAAGGGUGGGGAGCAGGAAGUGGGACGCACGCAGACCGUCGACGGCGUCGCCAGACUCAUCUGUUCCGCCAAGAGUUCGCACAACCAGCCGCUCAAAGUAUACAUCGACGGCACCGAGUGGAACGGCGUGAAGUUCUUCCAAGUGUCGACGCAGUGGCAGACGCACGUGAAGACGUUCCCGGUGGCCACGCUCGGGGCCCCGCUGGCGCCGCCCGAGAGCUAAGCGACGGCGACACGCUCAGGAUCAUGCUUCGGCUUGUCAGUCCUCGCGCGUCAAGCCACGUCCACGAGGCUUGACGCCGCGCAGUUCGUCAAGCUACACUUCAACGACUCUAGAGUCGGCUAUGUACUGGGGUGUGCCGGCAUCCCUGGCUACAACUGCGGCUAUACGUUUUAUUCGAUACGUCACUGUGGGACGGGAAACCUCAUCGGCUAUCGAUCUUUCGGCUCGAAACGAGGCUCUAAAUGUAGUCUGUGUUUAUUCCUUUGACGGCAUGUUGAUAUUUAGCGUUUAAAAAACAAGAUUUGCUAUUAACCCGUCAUGACUUGUCAAA